AUGCGAACCCGCCAAUCCGAGUCGAUAUCCCAUCGGAUGCGAGCCAUUGGCCGGCAGCGGCCAGGUAUGCAGUGUUGCCCCGGGCCGUGGACAAUGUUGGAGCUUCUGACUUGGGUGUAA